CGUAAGGCUGAUGGCGGCAGUGAGGCUCAAUUGAGGUUGAGUUUGGGAUGGAGGAGAGAGAUUAUCGAUAAGAGGGAAAGAACGUGGCGGUGCGCUCUUGGUGACUAAGCAUAACCAAAGCAGGUUUGGCCUGUCCUGCCUUGUCACUGGACUGGCCGAAUCUAGGGAGGGACCCAGCACCGAGACACCAAGCUAGGUGAGGUGAGCUACAGGCCAGGCCUACGACACACAUUGAACAGCUUCGAGUACACAUCAUCCACCGCAUCCAAGCAACGAUUCGACUCCAUCGCGCUGCUACCAGCCGUCGCACCGCCCUCGCACGUCAUGUCCUACUUCUUCUCUACCCCCGUGGACAUCGACAUCGUCCUGGAAGAUCUAGAUGAUCGCUCCGCCGUGGAUGUGAAGCUUGACAAGGACCGGAAGGAGAAAGUACCUUUAUAUCUGGAUGGAGAGUCGGUCAAAGGCGCAGUCACUAUCAGACCUAAAGAUGGAAAGCGAUUAGAACAUACGGGCAUCAAGGUCCAAUUCAUCGGCACAAUUGAGAUGUUUUUCGACCGCGGUAAUCACCAUGAGUUCCUCUCUCUUGGUCAGGAACUCGCCGCUCCCGGCGACCUCCAGCAUCCCCAAACCUUCGAGUUCAAUUUCAAGAACGUUGAAAAACAAUACGAAUCCUACAACGGCAUCAAUGUAAAGCUACGGUACUUUGUGCGCGUCACAGUCUCGCGUCGCAUGGCAGAUGUUGUACGGGAAAAGGAUCUUUGGGUAUACUCUUAUCGGAUUCCCCCGGAAACCAACAGCUCGAUCAAGAUGGAUGUUGGAAUUGAGGAUUGCUUGCACAUUGAGUUCGAAUACUCCAAGUCGAAAUACCACCUGAAGGACGUCAUAGUAGGAAGGAUAUACUUCCUCUUGGUGCGCUUGAAGAUAAAGCAUAUGGAGCUUUCUAUCAUCCGGAGGGAAACUACAGGCGCCGCACCAAAUCAGUAUAACGAGAGCGAGACCCUAGUGCGGUUUGAGAUCAUGGACGGCUCUCCUUCUCGAGGAGAGACAAUUCCAAUCCGGUUGUUCCUGGGUGGCUUCGACUUGACCCCAACCUUCCGCGAGGUCAAUAAGAAAUACUCCACACGAUACUAUUUGAGCUUGGUUCUAAUUGACGAGGAUGCGCGGCGCUACUUCAAACAAUCCGAGAUCGUGCUAUUCAGGCAAGCGCCGGAAGGCUUGACGUUAGCUCAAGAACAGAACAAGUUGAUUGCAGCCUCAUGAGAUGAUUGAUUGAAUCUACGAAGCGCUUGGACGUGGGGUCUUGGAACUAUUUCGAUAUACUGCGCCAAGUGGACAUGCCUCGUGGCUUCAUAUCGAACAUCCCAGCGGCCACAACGGCGGCCACAACGUCGACCACGGCUGUUGGCUGGCAUCACCUAAACCAUGGAGUUGGGAUGAGUGCAUGUCCCAUAACUUCGAAUGUGUAUAGAUACCAUAAUGUAGCCUACCCGAAUUUAGCAUAUUUCGCCUGUAGUGUCA